CGUCCAAAAUUAGUAAAUAAAGACGAUAGCAGCGGAGCUGUUGGUUGUGUCGUCGUCGUGGUCGCCGUCGUCGUCAUCUCACGGAAUGCAUCUAGCAAAAUGAAGUGGAAAGACGCCGUGGGUCUCACGAACGUCCAGCAAAGCCUGAGAAACGGCGCCCUGUGGCUGGCACGCGAUGAACAGUAAGCCCGUACGAAUGCAUGUGAGAGAAGUUACGGUGCGGUAGUACUCGCUGAUGGACGAUACUUUCUCGGGGAUCGUGAGGACGUACGGACGUAACGACGACGGGAGCGAAGAAGAGAGAAAGGGGCAAGAGAGAGAAAGAGAGAGAAGAGGAUAAUCCGCACUCCAGAGUUCACACCGUAAGGUAUACAUAGACAAGAUGGUCGUCGGAGAGCCAAAUAUACACAACAUAAUGGGGGGGAUGGAAAGCACGGGUGGUGUGCGCCUUCAUAAUCACAAGCGGAAGCUGAAACAAAGAUUUGAUAUUAUAAAAAAGUUGGGACAAGGCACUUAUGGCAAAGUUCAAUUAGGUAUAAAUAAAGAAACUGGCCAAGAAGUGGCGAUAAAAACAAUUAAGAAAUGCAAAAUCGAAACGGAGGCUGAUCUGAUAAGGAUACGAAGAGAAAUACAGAUCAUGUCAAGUGUUCAACAUCCAAACAUCAUUCAUAUUUACGAAGUUUUUGAGAAUAGAGAAAAGAUGGUGCUGGUGAUGGAAUAUGCAGCGGGUGGUGAAUUGUACGAUUACUUAAGUGAACGCAAGGUUUUGAGCGAGCAUGAGGCCCGUCGAAUAUUCCGGCAAAUAGCCACCGCUGUUUUCUAUUGCCACAAACAUAAGAUCUGUCACAGAGACCUGAAACUCGAGAAUAUCUUGUUAGACCAAGUCGGAAACGCCAAGAUAGCUGACUUUGGUCUUUCGAACGUGUUCGACGAACAACGAUUGUUGAGCACAUUCUGUGGCAGUCCAUUAUAUGCCAGUCCUGAGAUAGUGAAAGGGACUCCUUAUCAUGGGCCGGAAGUAGAUUGCUGGAGUUUAGGUGUGCUGCUCUACACGUUGGUGUAUGGUGCUAUGCCUUUCGACGGGUCUAACUUCAAGCGACUAGUCAAACAGAUCUCACAGUCUGAUUAUUUCGAGCCCAAAAAGCCAUCUCCCGCUUCGCCGCUUAUAAAAGAUAUGCUCACCGUGUGCCCCGGUAGACGCGCCGAUAUUGAAGGGAUCUGCACUCAUUGGUGGGUGAAUGAGGGUUACGAGCAGAAUUGUCUGGACAUUGCCGAAGACUUGGCAGCUCAGACACCCGUGCGGCUGGACCUGUUGCUGUCCUUGGUGCCACAGUCUGCUAGUGCUGAGAAAUUGCUCGUGGGCGAUCAACAGGCGGGCGGAGACGUUGCGAAUAAUAUGUCUUCCGAAACCCUAGUGCCUACGAGAUGUCAUUCGGUCGGUAGCUUGAUGGAGCUCGAUCAAAACAACUCCGACAGAAGAAUAAGAGAAUUGUUCGACGAGGAGCCGAGGUCUUCCGCGGCUGGCGAUGCUAAGAGGAAGCUGGAAAUGAGUCCAUUGAUGGAUGAAACGACUGCGGCAGGCGUGAAGAGGAAAGAAAGGUCCAGGAGAAAGGAGAGGUCGGAUGAGAGAGAACCUAGAGCGUAUAGAUCCUCGUCAAGGCACCAUACAGCUCCGAUCCCGAAUUCUAUAUCGGAAGAAGCGAUGGAGGUGGAAUCUGCAGGCAUCGUAACCGUUCCUAUGAGUAAGACUGUUGAUUUGGACAAAAUCGAAGGUACGGCAGCUUGCUUAGAGCUGAUCGAAGAAUCAAAGGAAGUAUCACUGAAUAAAGAGAGAAGUCAAACACCGUUGGUGAACGAAUACGAGGAGUCGCACAAGCCGAUGUCCGCCGACAGCGCUCAGCAGAUCUAUGAGACUAAUCAAAAGGUUAGCAAUGUGGAAGACAAGUUUCCACAAAAACCUCCUAGCCAUACCAAGUCUCCCAGCAAGAGUUUCUAUGAAGACGUAGGCGGUAACACGUCGGAGAGCUCGAAUAUUAAUAAUAAUAAUAAUAACAAUAAUAAUAAUAAUAAAAUAGCGAACGAGACAACGCUUCUCAGCAAGAAGUCAGAAUCUGUCUGUGGUUUCGAAUCAAAAGUGCCAAAUGAAAGUGACGCGAAUAUUGCGAGGAAUGAGGCGUAUUUGCCGCGAGACACGCAGCAAUCUGAGCCGAUGGAGGGAGACUUCAAAAAGCUUAAAGAAAAGGCGCUUUCUUUAGAUUCCGAAUUGUCAAACGAGGCGGCAACCCCUCCAGCUAAACCCGUCGAAAGACGUCGCUCCAAGAUAUUUGAGACCGCUGAGAAGUUCAAUCAGCUGGCGUCUACCGCAGAGAGUGAGAAACCUAAGAAAAUAUUUAUUCCCGGUGUCAAUGUGGGAGGCGCGAAGCGAGCCUUCGAGCGGAAGGCUAGCCUGUCCUCCAUAACUUCUCCACCGCUCGCGAAGGCGAGUGCGUCCAAGGUUAUCAUCGAUGUGCCAACGGAAAACAAGAAGAACGAGAAAGACGAGAAGCAGACAACGAGUGAACAGACAACGAUUGCGACAGUUGACGACAAGUAUGAUAGCAAGCGAGACGAGGCGAAGAAACGCGCCGUCGACAUCAUCAGCGGUGCGAUUGGCAAGCCUCCGAUGCAGAAGAAGCCGUUGAAUGGCUCGCCGCCGGUAUCACCUCAAAGUCCGGAUUCGAAGAAACUCGGACUGAAGAUACAGGUCGCGCCAAACGAUGUGAGAUCGGCCACGGUAUCGGUUUCCACGCCGGUCGAGACCAAGUUCGCUUUCGACGCAAAAUCUUCACCGGCAGCGUCUGAGGCAACCAUAAGUAGCACGUCCGACACGGCAACUAGUGACAAGUCGCAGUUGGAAGAACCUAAGAUGUCCAGUAAAAUGGAAAUAACAUUAAAGAGUGCAACGUUACCUAGACGAAAGACGAGCAAAGCUGAAAUUACGUUGUCCGGAGCUAAAACGCCUGAAACAAUCGCGUUUAAAUCCGAAGUAGAAGCUAAGAUCGAUGCGUUUCAACCACAGAAACUGCGGACGCAAAGAUCGGAAGUGGCGUUCCCGGUUGCCGUCACGGUACCUCACGCGAACAGAAGUUCGAGCUUAGAACCGGAAAACCGACCUAAAGCCGCACAGCCAAGAGAGAGAAUCAUUCCUAUCCAGGUGGAGACCGGAUCCGAAUACACUCUUCAACACUCGUCUACACCGCCGUCUAAACCACCGAUAUCUCAACGAUCGAUAUCACAGCGAUCAAGCUCUCUAUCUCGUCAAUCGACGGCUGAUUCGGACACUGAUAGUGCUCUCGGCUCCACUAUGGGACCAGAACCGAUCAGAAAGAGUCCGAGAGAGUACAUAAUUCCCAUCGCUGUGGAAGGUGGUGGUUACGUGACGCCUAGGUCGGGUAGCCUAGAGCCGGAGAGUAAGACCAGUACGCCGACAAGCACGAAUCCGCCGAGGUCUAGAUUCGGCAGGCCUAGACGAAUGAGUUCUCUUCUAUCGGACGCCAGCGAGGAUGAAUCUCCAUUCUCUUCGUUGCAUAGCGAGGACUUGCUACAAAGGCACAUGCAUCGGUUGAGGAGCUCGCGACCGUCGAGGCAGCCGUCUGAGCACGCCGACAGCUUGUCGUCAGGCGAGGACGACGACGACGACGGUUUCGAGCUACUGACCGCUGAGAAUCUGUUCUCAACCUUACUGUCCAGAGUACGAAGUUUGACACAACGACUCAAUGUCGAUGAUAAUCGAGCGGGCAGUUUCCCGACCAGCAGAUUGUUCGGCCGACUCGGCGCCCAGCCGUCACAGACGUUUUGGGGCCUCAAUAAACCGUUGUCCAGGCGGCUCUCCGAAUCGCAAUUUAAGCAUUCUCUGAAUCGUGAUGCGGAUAUAUUCUCGAAACAGGACUCCGCCAGCACGUCCAAUCCCGGAACGCCAAAUAGCCCAGGAUUGCGUGGUACUCCCUCCAGGGAGAGCGUCUUUGAGAUCGGGAGCAAUACCUUGCCGAGAGAUAAAAUAGAAACAUACGAAGACGUAGAAGCGGAGACGGCGCAAAUCAGGAAGGAGACGCAGGAAUCGCUGGAGCAGAGUUUCACUCCGAGCUUGGCGCGCAGGCUGAGCAGGCAGUUGAUCGAGCAGACCCGACAGUCCUUGCCGUGCGACAAAUAUUAUCAGUCGCCGACACGAGAGACCCUCAGCUUAAUGGCGUCGACGGGCGAGAUCGCGAAACGUUACUCCACUACGUCCGCGACUUCCGAUCAGACCGAAUACAGAGGUAGAUCAGUCGAUCGCGGUAUCAGACGCACCAACAGUCUGCUAGAGCCGGCCAAGCAGUUCGACCGGUUCGAGCGGUAUUCACCGCGACGGAGCAUCAGCCUGCUCGACGACCACGAGGCACAUGGACUGUUGCCACCGUUGCCGAAGCACAUCAUGACGCUCGGCCGAAAGUACAAGGAAUCGGCCGCCAAGUCGAACGCGAGUGUCAUCGUGGGCAAUGCGCGGCGCGACAACUUCCUCGGCUAUAGAACUACGGAAAAAAUCCAGGAGGAGCCAGUCGAUGACAUGGUGUACGCCGCGUGCAAAGAGGAGGACACCGACGCUGACAACAAUGUGGAAAACGGUUCCCUCUCAGAGACCACGUCGAUCUCCGUAUGCAAUUCGAAUGCGAACCUCAUGGACACCACCACAACGUCUAGCGUGUCGGCCAAGUCCUGCGAGACGUCACCCACGGAAUCGUCGUCGAAUUUAGGCGACUACAGCAAGUCGUUCUCCGUGUCUAAGUCCGACGUCGCUUCGCGCAGUUUCGAAACUCGGCUGUUGGCUGCGGAGAACCUCAUCAAGGAAUCCAAGCUGAAGAACUUUACGCCACAGAGAUUCAAUCCGAAUCUCAUCUCCAAUUACAAGGACAUGGACAAGUGCGACAAAGAGGCGCUGAUUACCGCCGCCGCCUCCGCCGCGGAACAGUCGGUCAAUUCCGUCGCGUCCAAGAGACGCAGCUGCAUUCCAAGUUUGCGGUUGCGUUCGGGUUCGUUAACGAGAGAAUCGAGCGUCAGCUCAGAUCGCAGAAAAUCUUUCGCAGGCUCGCCGGACGCGUUAACCGGCGCGACUCAAGAAAGAUCAAUACUCAGCAAGUUCUUCAAAGGCGUCGGCAAUAACAAAGACGAGCCAAAGGACAACAAAAAUCAAAAGGCGAAGCAGCAUCGCAUCUCGCGCUUUUUGCGACCGGACUUCUUUGAUACGCCGCGGGAAGAAAGCCAGUAUGUGAAGGAGAAGGAGGCACAGAAAGCGGCAGAGAACGAGCGGCGCAAGUCAAGAUUCAUGAAACGAAAAAGCGAGAGCAAAGAGCGUAAAGAGGAAGGUAAGGAGGAGAGAACCUGCAAGGAGCAGAAGGACGAGAUAAACGUGUUGCAGAAGGACAAGCUGGAGGCAACUGCUUCAUCAGACGAUAGAUUCCGAAACGAGGAGAAAGAGCGAGCAAAGGUCGAGCAACAAGGUUCUAAAAAGAGCUUUUUGCAUUUGCUGGAGAAAAAGCUAGAACGACUGCGUUCAAAUGAUGAGACGGUGAUGACGACAAAGCAACCGACAAUCAACGGCAGCGGUCUGGUUGCAGCCAGUGAGCGGAAAGAACACAGACUACGCGAAAAUUCCGCACCACCCGUUGAAUGUCUGUCGCCGACCGCGACGGAAUCUAGCUUGUUGAAGCGAGCGUUAAGCGUGGAGGAUUUAUCGUUGGGCAAAGACAAGGUGAAGAGCGCGUUGAAGACAGCUGGACGGGUGACGUCGGUGUUGAGUAUCUUCAAGAGCGCGGAUGCGAAGCAAAAUGCGAAUGGCAAUCGUGCGCAGAACACGAUUGUCAGCAAGUUGAAGAGAAGUCCGCCAAAGUUCGCGAAGGUUGAGUCGGAGGAAGACGCGGCCGCGACUACCAAGAUACCAACCAAAUUCGCUGGUAAAUCGAUGAAGAAUAAGGUGCCAGAGAGCAAAAGAUCGCCAGAGAAGAUCGUGAACGACUAUAAGAGGUCACCACCCAAGGAAAAACCAAAGGAAUUGAUUUCUAAAGAGAAGAAACUUCUAACAGCGAAGCAAUCGAGAGAGAUUAAGAAAGUCCCGGAGAAAAUCGCGCCGUCGGACUCGUCGUCAUCCUCGUCUGCGGAAAAGACGAAACUGGAAAAGGCAAAGUUGCCGAAAAAAUUACCCGAUGAUUCGGAAUCCCUGCAAAAGAGCAACAGGCACUUGGAGUCCGUCAUGAGCAGCGAAGAUAAGAAAUUGAUGAAGACUAAGAAGAAUAUCGGUUCACUGAGCAAAACCGAGUCUGCUUCGAGAGUUGACAAAGACGAAGACAUGGAUAAGAAUAUGAAGAAGCCGAUGAAGUUGAAGGAAGCUGUAGACAAGGACGAGAUCAAUGAUGCUAAGAAGAAGAAGAAGAUAGUGCGCGUCGUGAGAAAGGUCGUGAAGAAGUCGUCCGACAGUUCUGAGAGUAAGUCUGAUGAGAAGGAGAAAACAUCGAGGCCAUCGUUGUUAAAGAAGAAGAUCAUGACGACGAAGAAAGAGAAGAGUCCUGAAGGCGCGAAUAUAGUUUCAGCUUCGAACUCGAUCAGAGGAAACAAUAUCGACGAUCAGACUUUAUCUAUGAAAUCUCUUUCGAGGCAGACGGAGCCGAACGUUCCUCCAUCACAAGAAACGUCAUCUGCGAAGUUCGAUCACUCUGAUUACUUUGCACAAAAUAUGAAUACAACAUCCAAAAGCGAUAUCGUGACGAGCCACACUUCAUCGAGUAAAUCUAACGCGAAGAUGACGGUCGACGAUAUCUUGCAGACAAAUCCCGUUUGCCAGACCGCGUCUACGUUUCAGAAUUAUUCAGCCGAGUCGACUCAGAAUUCUUUCGGUUCCAUAACUAAGAAUACGUCGAAUUCCAACGUCUGUCAGACUAAAACCUCGGAACAGUAUCGAUCUAACAGGACAGGUCUGAAGCUCGACUUGUCCAAGAUACCUCAACAUACCUUUAAGCACACGACUCCCAAGAGGGACUCGCCCAAGUCAGACUCGCCGAAAGCGAAUUCCACCGCUUGCAUCGGUUCGUCCAAGACGGAUAUUUCUCUUUCCGAGAGCAGCGCUGAUAAGCUAAUGGAGUGUCUAUCAAAGAUGACGCAUCACGCCAACAUAACUGGCAACAAAAUCAUCAUCGAUAAGCCGCUGCGAGCGAAGGACGUGGCUGAGCUGAAGCGAGAAGUCACCGAGUGUGCUAGAAUCAUAGAAAAUCACAUAGAAUCGCAAAAUGAUCGCGCCAGCCCGCAAACUGUCAUCGAGAGCAUCGUCGACUCGGGCGAACCAACCGACAUCGAAGACAAGCUGCGAGAGAUCUCAUCGGAUUCUUCUAGGGAGAUCAAUGAGACGGAUAACGUUAAGGUAGCGAAAGAACCUGAGGUUAGCAUCAGCGAGAUGUUCUCGCCUGAGGAACCUGAGAGCUUCGACUCCUGGUCGAUUUGUUCGGCUGAUUUGAAUUAUAAUCGCGGUGACCUGCACUCGCCGACGUCGCCCUCGUAUUCUUUGCUCGCGCGUGGCGACAGUUCGGAAUCUGUUAUAGAUCGGAUACGAAGACGUAGCUUCUAUUCGAGGUUCAAUGACCGGAAAAGACCGUCCUUAACGGCUCCACCGCCUGGAGUGAGUAGUGUGACACUAUCUAAAAGGUCCAGUUUCAACAGUUCCAGAGAGUGGGCGCGCAAUAGAUUGCACGGCUAUGGAAUUCCCAGAACAAGGACAGAUAAGAGUUACGGUCUGUACGGCGACGAUGUGACCUGUAGGAAGUCUCCGGUCGACAGAGAGAGAUAUAGCGACUCCUUGAACAUGUCGUCAUUGUAUGAUCAUCACAGUUCAGAGGUGCGGUCCAUUUACGAUCAUUACGGCGGCUUACAGUCUUCCUCACACGAUUCCUUGAGAAGAUACGUAAGAUCGCCGACGUUGGAUCUUGCCGCUGCUCGUACUAAAUAUCACAGUGCAGACAUCAUCACCGACAACGAUAUCGUAAGCUCGUAUAAGAGCCCUGUAUCGAGAUCUUCUCUUAACGACGCUGUUGCGAACUCCUACUGCAGCAGGAAUAUCUCAGCGACUUUGCCAAGAAAGUACGGCUCUACUGUCGGUAGCCUAGCGCCGAAGAGCGUGGAGUAUUACGAGGAAAUCUUGUCGCCAAACAACUCUGACUAUCUGUCGCCGCUAUCAGAUAAUUACCUGAGCAGGUAUGAGAACGGCUAUCAUCACAACGGCAACCUGGAUCUGCCGCAAUACAAUGCGGAUAAGCAGAGGUCUUACAUGGAUAAGAUGGCGGAUGUGGAACUCGGUGAAGGAAACAGCAGAUUGCUCGGUGAACAGAAAAGAAAUGUGAAGAAACGUCUUAGCGAAACGAGAGAUAUAUCUUCGACGACUGCCGAUAUCUUGUCUAAUUUAGCGGUUGCCGAACAGAAUCAGUAUCUCUCGGACGGAAAGUAAUUUAGGAAUAUAAGGACAUUAUCGAAUGCGUCUUACUACUGUAGCGAUUUUAUAAUACGGAUAUAUCGAUGAAUCGUGUCUGAGUGUCUUGCGCUAUCUUUAUCAUGACGAUGAUAAUAGUCAGCGACGACAAUGAGAACGGAAUGAACUGUUAAACGGUUCGAGGUCUACGUCUUGAAAGUUUCAGGACUAUACGUUUUAAAUAUACGCUUUAAAUUUUAGUUUUAAAUAUACGUUCUAAUUCUUUCCGAUUAUCCAACGAUUCUAAUUCAAAUAUUGUUUAUUACAUCUUGCGUGAAUUUUUCGCCUAAAACGCAGAAUUAACAGAAAACUAGAAUCGACCCUCUUUAUAACUUCGAAUCGGAAAGGAUUAAUCGAAAGAGAGAAACGCGGCUUAAUCAAAAGAAAGAAAUGCUUCAUCGAUUAUAAGAAUUUGCUUUUGAAAUUUCUUUGUAUCUUAUCUAUAGAGCGAAAGAUGAUUCGAUAUCAAAGACAUGCGCAUCUAUUUAAAUUGAGAAUCUCUGACUCCAAUAUUUAUAGAAAUAUAAAUAUAAAAGUCGGCAGCUAAUUAGCAGAAGAAUAACGUCGUGAGCUUCGUUUCGUUCGAUGCUGCAAGUCUGACACGUCUUCAAGUUCACGAGGUAUCGUUCAAAAUCUCGCAUUUCACGUCAUUCUCUUCGUCAGUCUAAUUCGCGUUCGAAAAUGUCGACCGUUGUAAUGAAUUUAAAUCGUGUGCACGUAGCGUUUUCGUUUUUCGUGAAGUAAAAAAAAAAGAAAUAUACCGGAUGGUCUGUCAGUCCGCAUAAUCAUUGCCAUAAUUGUGUUCACGGUAUGUCACGAGUGAAAAUGAUUUUUGGAUUUCUAGUAGAGCUCUGUAAGUAAGCGAAUCUUUCAAAGCAAGUCCGCGUGAAGUGAAUUGUCGAUGAUCCUCGAUAGCGUGAUCGACGAAUAACGAACCGUUCGAAGUGACACUUUAGGGUGCAAUGCCAGACUUAGUAGAGAAGAAACAACGAACGGCGCUUUAGUUCCUUGUACUAUUACGAGUACCGCCUUAUAUUUAUGAGAAUAAUUUCUGGUUUGACCGAUCGGAAAUUAUGAAAGAAAGUGAGAGAGAGAGAGAGAGAGAGAGAGAGAGAGAGAGAAACUCAAGAAAACGAGAAAUGAAACAACGAUGUUACCGGCCUGGCAAACUUCUGACUGAUCAGCCAUGGUCUUCCGCUUGUUAUGUAUGUGUUUUCUAUUGAUAUACAUAUUUUAAAAUAAAUAUCAAUAUCUAUAUAUUA